AUGAUUGCAUCCGAGACGUGGCAGCAUUUGCCUAUCAAGGGCGCCCUGUAUAUGCUCGUCAGCAAUGAGAAUCUACAAGAAGCACGGGCAGCUAUGCGUAGUGUUGAGGACCGGUUCAAUCACCACUACAAGUACCCCUGGGUCCUUUUGAACAACCAAGACUUUACACCGACAUUCCUAAAAUACAUACGCAAGGCGACUACCGACGCGCCCAUUUACUUUGGCAAGAUUGAUGCACGGGCAUGGAGUUAUCCCAAUUGGAUUGAUAUUCGUUCGGCAGAAGACCAUAUGGAUAUCAUGUAUGCCAUGAACGUCUACAGAGGAGGAAGCUUGUCUUUCCGACAAUUGCUCAGAUAUCAGUCCGGUUUAUUCGUACAUCACCCUCUGUUCCGCGACGUUGAUUAUAUCUGGCGAGUUGAACCUGGAUCGGAGGUCACCUGUGAUAUGGUUGAUUAUGACCCAUUUGCUUAUAUGAAGAAAUACAACAAGACACUUGGUUUAACACUGACUAUGCGAGAGUCGCAUGGAGCCGUUGACAAUCUAUGGUCUGACACGCGACAGUUUAUGGAAGCACGUCCCAAACAUGUCUUGCCAUACAACGAGACAAUCAUGUCAUGGAUUACAGAUCAGGGCAAGGCGGAUUACAACAUGUGUCACUUGUGGUCCAACUUUGAAAUCGUCGAGACAAGCUUUUUACGAUCCAAGGCAUAUCAAGACUAUUUUGAGUUCCUCGAUCGGAAAGGUGGUUUCUUUUAUGAGCGUUGUACUGCCGAUUUGCUUCGGCUCUUGGAUGACCCUGCUCUUCAAGAAAUGGUUACAUUUGCUGAAAAGCAGCUUCAGGAUAGUGAAUCAUCAGCACCUGCUUUCGAUUUAAAGGAAAUCAAAAACGAAGAACACGGCACGACGCAGGAUGAAACAGAGUCGAUGGGCAAAACAAUGGAUGAAUUGACAGAUCAAGCGGUCGCCGUAGACUCUGCUGCAUUCGUCAACGAAGACUUUAUGGCUUUGUUGCAGGAUGAAAUGCAAAAUGAAAACCUUGCUGAGCUGGCCAUGGCUCAGACAUCUGCUGGUGAUAGACUACAGCAAUUUGCGGAUGAAGAAGAGGAGGAUAUGAUGAUGGCAUAA